GUGGGGUGCUCCGGGCGGCUCCGCGGUGCCCUUCGCUCGGGGCGGUGCCGGCGGUGCGGGAGGGGCCCCGCAGCCGUGGCCAUGGCCCCCCCGCGGCACUGCUAUGAGGGCUUCGUGGAGGUGCGGGGGCUGCGGGAUCAGAGCUACAGGAGGCGCUGGGCCGGGCUGCGGGGGGCCGCGCUGUGCUUCUAUGGGGCGCCCCGAGAGCCGCAGCCCCUGGAGCUGCUGGACCUGGACGAGCUGGUGGGGGUACAGAGAGAGGGGGGGGCCCUCGUCCUCCAGCUGCGGGAUCAGAAGGUGAUGCUGAAGGUGGAUGGCGUGGAGGUGCUGGAGAUAUGGCGCGGCUUCAUCCUGACCAUGGCCAAGAUGGAGGUGCCCACGGACCUGGAGCUGCUGCUGCCCGGGCACCUCUUCCAGAUGUCGGAGGCGCUGCGCCAGGAGAGGGAGCGCCGCUGUGCACCCCGGGGCGGGGGGACACCCACAGUGCCCCCCGUGCCCGGCUGCUUCUUCAACGUGUCGCGCGUGGAGGCCGAGCAGCUCCUGGAGCGCAACGCGGGCAGCGGGAACGUGGUGCUGCGACCCGGCGGGCACGGCCGCGGCUUCUCCGUCAGCACGCGGCAGGUGCAGAACGG